GGAAGGCUGCCCCAUCGGCCCCGGCUCGGCCCUGCAGAAGGUGGUGGCCGUGAAGCCGUCCAUCGAGAUGAACCGGGGGCGGCGCGGCGUGGCGCUCGACGGGAGGCUCAAGCAUCAGGAUCCCAGCCUCGCUUCGUCUUCGCUACUGGCGGAGAUGGACCUACGGGAAUCCUUCGGCGUGAUCAUCUCCUACGUGGCCAAGGUGAAGCUGUACCUCGGGGCCCUGGGCGGGGAGCUGACGGCCGAGCUGCCCUUCGUCCUCAUGCAUCCCAAGCCGGAGAAGGAGAAGCUGAUCCGCGAGGACUCGCAGGCCCAGGUCGAGAUGUUCCGGCAGGACACGGUGGACGGGGACGCACCGCCCAGCGGCGGCAGGAGGCUCCUCAAGGACAUGCAGAAGCUCAGCCUCCAGCAUUGAGGAUGGGCUUCGUCGAGAAGUCUUCUCCGAAGAAUUUCCAUUGCUGAAUGGAAGCAGGGGGAAGGGGAUGUGUAUAUUUCCCGUUUUGGACACUUCGUUUUCGUUUUCCGAUUUCUUGAUCCCCAUGGAAUUUUAAAAAUUUGAUUGGAUUUCAUCAAAAAAUAUUCUGGUGUGUUUGAGGUCAUACAGUCCAAAUUUAAGUUCGCAU